UUGAACGCACCUCAGAUUAAACGGAGGAGUAGCCCUCUCCUCCAAACAGCAUCAGAUUAAUUCCGUGCAGAACACGCGGAUUAAGGAGACGACGACGAUGUGAUGCGAUGCUCGAGAGCUCUUGGGAAUAAGUCAGCGGUGUGGGUGUAGGGCUCGACCCCGGAUGGAGCCGCAGUCUGUCGGCUGAGACAUCAUUCACGACCCACGGCGGUGAGAGCGACGAGGCGGUGCAGGAUGGUGGAACGGUCGGAUCGAGCCCCGCUGCUGGACUGGGAGGAGGUCCCGUCCGCGGAGAAGCCGCCGGGAGAUGAGGAACAAGCGGCGCAUCCUUGCAGGGACCGGCUGUCCAGCCCGUCCAAUAGCCGGGUUCUAACAGCGUCGCCGGGGUACGGGUGGAGCGGAGGCGGCGGUCUGGGGAGUUCGGGACCCGCCAGGUCUGAUGGCUGCAGCGCCCCGCCCGUGAGCCCCAACACCGGGGCAGACGACCAGACUUUCACGGGCGAAGAGGAGCAUUUAUCGGAUCCGGAGUCCUUGGAGGCGCCGCUGGAGGACCAGAUGGUGAAAUGGGAGGAGAGCGACCAGAUAGUGUCGGUGUUUGUGGUCGCAUUCAACACCAGAUCAGGCAACAUGCUGGAGUGGUGCCUACCCAAAGACAUGGACCUGGAGGGGGUGGAGUUCAAAGCCAUAGCCAGCGGGUCACACAGAGUCACCACAGACUUCAUAUACUUCCGGAAAGGCUCAUACUUUGGCUUGGCAUGCUUCGCCAAUAUGGCAGUGGAGAGCACAGUGGAGCGAGGGGCUAGAAUGAAGUCGGUCGGGAUCCUGUCGCCGUCCUACACUCUUCUUUACCGCUACAUGAGCUUCCUGGAGCAUCAGGUCAAGCUCCAGCUACAGUCACCAGGUCACUACUCCCCACUUGAAGCCUUUUACGAGGACAAGAGAGCACUGCUGCCCCCCAGUGGGGAGGACAUUGUAACCACAUGCCCAGCAAACGCCUGGGGAGCGGCCAUCAAUCACAGCAUGCACCCGGAGAUGAAGAUCACCCAUCCAGCUGGAUGCAUGUCACAGUUCAUCCGCUUCUUCGGGGAGCAGAUCAUGGUCUUGUGGAAGUUGGCGCUACUCCGCAGACGGAUUCUCAUCUUCUCGCCGCCGCCUGUUGGUGUGGUCUGCUACAGAGUGUACUGCUGCUGCUGCCUGGCCAACAUCUCCAUCCCAGGCGUGGGCGUGGCGGUGCCGGAGUUCCGUCCCUUCUUCUACGUCAACGUUGCCGACAUCAGCGCUCUGGAGAACGAGCUUUCUUACGUCGCCUGCACAACAGAGAAGAUCUUCGAGGAGAAGAAGGAUCUGUAUGACGUUUACGUGGACAAUCAGAAUGUAAAGACCUACAGGGAAGGUCUGAAGCCUCUGCUGCGCCUCAGCACCGCAGACAGAGAGAAGUAUCGCAAACUCACUGAACAGAGACAGAUGCUGCUGUACUCUCAAGAGGAAAACGGCGACUGUGUGUCGAGUGAAGAAGAUUUGUUCAUACUGUUUUUCUUGGAGCAGAACAACAGAAUAUUCCAGACGCUCAGCGAGGUGGCGGGGAGCUGCGAUCCCACCCUGACCCAGGAGAGCGUGAGGGCCAUGGGCCUGGACCCUCAUGGCGACAGGCUCUUCUUGCUCCACCUGCUGGACAUUUAUGGAUAUGACACACUGAUGGUGUCCGAGCAGCUGUGCUGCAGCUGAAGGACACCACCGAUCCUCUCCCAGUCUGUCGCUGAAGUCUGCUACAUUGCGAGUUACGGAAGGUGACUCAGAAGUCGGAGACCUCUUAUUCACGCAACUGAUGAAGCAGAUGUGGCAGGGCGCUGACGCAGAAAGGGACAGAAGGUUCUGACUGCGAACGUGACCAGUGCCAGCCCUGUUUUGUUUUCCAUUGUGUUUAGUGGGACGUCCGCUUUUAAGAGACUGGACAGUAGUUCUGUUACAAAGCUCCAACUCAAACAUAUCACACUCAUCAGAUGUGAAGGUGUUAGCGGGCCAAAAGGUGCCUGAAACACUACGUGACUCCGUUUAUAUCCAGCUGUUUCUGUUGUGAUAUUGAUUUGUAAAUAUUUCACUGUUUGUGCAGAAGUGGGAUCCAGUGAAUGUGUUUUCUAAAGACGACCAAGAACCCACAAAACUUCUUUUGUGUCAAACCGUCUUUUCUUUCCCGACAUCCAUGCACCUUAAUCUCACAACCCCUGUCGAAAUGGAUCGUCCGACUCAAGUUAAAACAUUUAUUUAUUACACUGUAAACCGUUUCACAAUUAAAGUGCAAGAAGA